AAUUUCUGUGUGCCAAUGAAUUCUGGUAUUGGGUGUGACGGAAUGUCGUACAACCUGACAGUCGCACCGCAGUGUAAUGCGCCCUUUGUUGGGCCGAGUUUAGCCCAGAGUUGUCCGGGCUCACAAUUUCUCGUUUUUAUGACUCUACUAGACACAUUUAUCAGAACAAAUUCUGAUGUUUCACAACUUUGUCAACGAGUUAUUCCUAUUGAUCCAGCGGAUUAUUAUUAUGAUUUCAUUGUUGUCGGAGGAGGUUCGGCAGGUGCAGUGGUAGCUGCAAGAUUGAGUGACGUACCAGAGUGGAAAGUUUUACUUCUAGAGGCUGGACCGGAUGAGCCACCUGGUGCUGAUGUACCAAGUAUGGUGGCAAUGUUUCUAGGUUCAGAAAUUGACUGGCAGUACAGAACGAUUAAUGAAACAAAUGCUUGUCUCUCAUCAAAUGGUUCAUGCAGUUGGCCAAGGGGUAAGAAUCUAGGAGGUACAUCUGUUCACAAUGGAAUGAUGUACAUCAGAGGUAAUCCCAAGGACUACAAUGACUGGGAGGCAUUGGGCAACGUAGGCUGGAGCUGGAAAGACGUUCUACCCCAUUAUCUGAACAUGGAAAGUAACGCGGAUAUAAAAAUGUUGAACAAGAGAUAUCACAGUGUUGGAGGUCCCCUGAAUGUGGAAAGAUUCCCCUGGCGACCUCCAAUAUCCACCAACAUCCUGUCUGGUGCACAGGAGCGAGGCUAUGGCAUCAGUAAUGAUCUCAAUGGAGACCAGUUAACUGGCUUCACCAUAGCCCAAACAACAAGUCGUAAUGGAGUUAGAUUCAGUAGUGCAAGAGCAUUUCUGACGCCUGUGAGACAUCGACCCAACCUCCACAUAGCCCUGAAUGCAACAGCCAGGAGAAUCAUCUUCGAGGAUCUCAAGGCUGUUGGUGUAGAGUAUAUGCAGGAUGGUGAAGUCCGUAUAGCCCGAGCCUCACGGGAGAUUAUUGUCUCAGGUGGUGCAGUUAAUUCACCACAAUUAUUACUACAAUCGGGAAUAGGUCCUGCUAAGCAUCUCAAUGCUGUUAAUGUACCAGUUGUCCUGGAUCUCCCGGGUGUUGGUGAAAAUUUGCAAAAUCAUGUGUCUUACACAUUGGCUUAUUCAAUCAAUGAACCCAAUGAAUUUGAUCUGAACUGGGCAGCAGCUUUAGAGUACGUGGCUUAUCAGACUGGACCGAUGUCAUCUACUGGCUUGUCACAAGUAACAGGGAAAAUGGCCUCGAGCUUUAGUACAAAGGAUCAUCCUGAUUUGCAGUUUUACUUUGGUGGAUAUCAAGCAGCUUGUGCUACUAGUGGCCAGGUGGGUGCACUGAUGGAUAAUUCUAGGAGAAGUAUCAGCAUUUCACCGACUAAUUUGCAUCCAAAGAGUCGAGGAACAAUACGAUUGGCAAGCAAUGAUCCCCAGGCAAAGCCAUUGAUUCAAGCAAAUUAUUUCCAAGACCCGCAGGAUGCUGCUGUUUUAUUAGAGGGUAUUGAAAUGGCCAUAUCUUUGAUGAAUUCAACUGCUCUAUCAAAAUACAAUAUCUCUCUGAUGUUUCCGGGAAUACCGGCUUGUCAGAGAUUUCAAUAUCCAAGUCUAUCGUACUGGAAUUGUUCAAUUAGACAGGACACUGGUCCAGAGAAUCAUCAAGCUGGCUCAUGCAAAAUGGGUCCAGCUAAUGAUCCCAUGGCUGUUGUUGAUUCACAACUCAGAGUGAGGGGAGUCAGGGGAUUGAGAGUUGCUGAUACAUCAAUCAUGCCAACCGUCACAUCGGGAAAUACAGCAGCACCCGCAAUGAUGAUUGGUAGCAGAGCUGCAACAUUCAUUCAACAGGAAUGGUUGCACGAUCAUUUAGUUUGGUCUAAGCCAUUUUUUUGGAAACACAAGUGGGCAACUCAAGGAGUUUGUCCAAACAUGUUCUCCGGUGGAAUACCCAUGGAAACAGUCUGCCCAACGACAAUAGCCUCAUUCGCUUUUAUUCUCAAUACAAUGAAUGACAUGAUCAGUAGAAGUGAACCAAUUGGUGAUCCAUGUGGUCGUGUAACACCAAAAAAAAUUUCAAAACCAAUUUACGAUUUUAUCGUUGUUGGAAGUGGUGCUGCUGGUAGUGCGGUUGCAGCAAGACUAAGUGAAGUACCCGAUUGGAAGGUAUUACUUCUCGAAGCUGGCCCUGAUGAGCCCAAUGCAGCUGAAAUUCCAUCCAACUUUGGAAUUUACAUAGGAAGCGAUAUUGAUUGGAAAUAUAAAACGUCUAAUGAGUCUCAUGCUUGUUUGGUGAACAAUGGCUCGUGUUAUUGGCCCCGUGGACGUAAUCUCGGUGGUACUACGGUGCAUCAUGGAAUGGCUUAUCAUCGGGGUAAUCCCAGGGAUUAUGAGAAUUGGGUUGAUAUGGGUAAUGAGGGCUGGGGAUUUGACGAUGUACUACCGUUCUUCAUGAAAUCCGAAAAUAAUACGGAAACUGAUAGAGUGGGAACUCAAUUGCAUGGAAUUGGUGGACCAAUGACUGUUCAACGAUUUCCAUUCCAACCAGCAUUUGCCCAAACCAUCUACCAAGCAGCUAAGCAAACGGGUUAUGGAACCAUUGAGGAUCUGGUUGGUGUAAAAAAUGUGGGCUUCAACAUCGCCCAAACAAUGAGCAAGAAUGGAGUGAGACAAAGUGCAGCAGCUGCUUUCCUUCGACCAGCGAGAGAUCGUAAAAAUUUGGACAUCAUAGUCGAUGCCACUGUUACAAAAUUAAGAACAUUGAAAAAUCGAGUGAUUGGUGUAGAAUAUGUCAAGGAUGGAAAGCGUCGGAGAUUAUUGGUCAAACGUGAAGUUAUAGUCUCCGGAGGAACUGUCGGUUCUCCUCAACUACUUCUUCUCUCAGGUAUUGGCCCAAAGGAGCAGCUGAAGGCACUUGGUAUUCCUGUAGUGCUUGACUUGCCCGGUGUUGGAAAGAAUCUUCACAAUCAUGUGUCAUAUAGCAUUGAUUUUACACUACCAGAGGAUAAAAGUGUCAGUUAUACACCGGAUAAUCUCGCUGUUUAUUUGUACAAUCAGACCGGUCCACUGUCCUCAUCUGGAUUAGCUCAAGUUACGGGAAUUUUACCAUCUCCGUAUACGACUUCAGAUUAUCCUGAUAUACAAAUUUUUUUCUCGGGUUAUCAAGCGUCAUGUAGAAUUAAUGGUGAUGUUGAUUUGGCAUCCGAUGGUAAUCAGAGGACUGUCAGAUUUACCGCUGUCAAUCUACAUCCGAAGAGUCGAGGAGCAAUUACUCUAGCCUCAACAAACGCUCUAGACCAUCCAAUAAUCUGGAGUAAUGAUCUCGCUGAGCCGAGAGACGUUGAUGUAUUGGUAGCUGGUCUUCACGUACUCCUCAAAAUGGCCAAUUCCAAGGCAAUGAAGUCAGUGGGAUUGAAGCCUAUCAAUGCACCUGUAUCACAGUGCCGUCAGUAUAAGUACUUGACAGAUGAAUACUUCAAAUGUGCUGUACAUGUAAAUACAAGGACGGAGAAUCAUCAAACGGGUACAUGUAAGAUGGGACCGGCUUCAGAUCCUUUGGCUGUUGUUGAUUCACAUCUUCGUGUACAUGGAAUUCAAGGGCUUCGAGUUGCUGAUGCGUCGGCUCAACCGCUGGUCGUUUCCGGUAAUCCUCAUGCGUCGGUUACAAUGAUGGGAGAACGAGCUGCAGAUUUUAUCAAGAAGGAGUACUUGAAAACAUCCAAUGAAAGCUGUUGAAAAACUUUACAGCGAAGAAAAUAUAAUUUUGAAUGUAAUGAAAUCAAUUCAUCGAUUGGAAUAUUUGAAAAAUGUAGCGAUUAGUUCGAAAUAAAUCCUGGCAACAAGCAAUCAA